CCACGGAUCGAGCGACUUGGGGUGGGAAAGGCGUGCUGUUUCACAAGAGAGGCAAAAACAAGAGCCAGUAACGGAAACCCUAAUGCCCCCAAAUCCCCAAUCCCACCAGGAUUCGCUAUUUAAUGUUUCCUGUUCUUCCCCCCGCGAUCCGAUGUCCGCAGCUGCGCUCCCCGCGGCGAGCGAUCGAAACCCUAGUCCCGGCGCCCACCGCCGGGGAGGAGAUUUCAGGAGCUGGUCCUCGCUGCUAGGCCGGCGGCGACGCCAUGAGGAAGAAGCUGGACACCCGCUUCCCCGCUGAUUGAUGUUUAUAACCUCAUGUAGCUAGUAAAAAAAUUAUGCGCUGGGGAAGAGAUUUCCGGCACUGUUUCCGGCACCAUGAGGAAGAAGCUGGAUCCCCACUUUUCCGCUCCUCGGAUUAAGAAGAUCAUGCAAGCAGAUGAAGAUGUCGGCAAGAUUGCUCUAGCUGUGCCUGUUCUAGUGUCCAAAGCAUUGGAGUUAUUUCUGCAAGAUUUAUGCGAUAGGACAUAUGAUAUUACAAUUCGAAAGGGGGUCAAGACUGUUGGUUCUUCCCAUUUGAAACAAUGCAUACAAGCGUACAAUGUCUAUGAUUUCUUGAGGGAAGUAGUAAGCAAAGUUCCGGACACUAGUACAUCUGAUGCUAUUGUUGAUGAUAAGCUUGGCAAAAGAAGGAAAUCUGAAGAAGAUGGAAGUGAGGAGGAACUAAAGAGGACAAGAAAUGACGCAGAAAGGCAUACAAGCAAUGGCAGAGGCUGUCGGAGGGGUCGUGGAAGAGGUCGCCGCGGUGGACGUGGUGCUUGGAGGGAGGCUGUCACAACUCAUGAACAAUUCGUGGAGAACCAAUCUAGCAAGCCAGCUGGCCUAAAGGUGGAGAUAGCAGAUGAGAUCUCAGAUGUGACUGAAGCAAAGGAGGCUACACCAGUGAGCAGUGCCAGGGCUUGCUUAAGGAACAUUGACUUGAAUUUAGAUCCAGUAGAUGAAGAUGAUGAUGGGGUUACAGUGCCACCCCAAGCCCAGUCAUCUGCUCCUGCAACUAAUUCAGCUGCAGCCAAUUUAGGACUGACUGCCCCAGCAACUAGUUCAGCUGCUGCCAAUUUAGGAUUGACUGCUCCAGCAACUAGUUCAGCUGCUGCCAAUUUAGGACUGACUGCCCCAGCAACUAGUUCGGCUGCAGCCACUGCAGGACCAUCUGUUCCGCGGUUGAAGGAAGGAGCAAAACUCAAGGAAUUUCUGGGUGGUUGGGAACUGCCUGACAUGAACAAGAUGGACAUGGACCCAGCUCAGUUUGCUUUAUCGUCGAACCAUAAAUUGGACGAUGAUGAGGAUUAUGACAAUGAAAACUAGGUUUUAGCUCCACGUGGAUAAGUAGGACAACAGGAUAAUCGUAGGUUACACUGUAGUAAUUGUCUUGUAUCAUGUGUAUAAUAGCCGCUGAAGCUGCAGAUGUAGUUUUAGAAUACGCCAGAGGUUAAAGUCUCUUGGCUAUACUGUUCCAAAGUUAGAUUCGCCGGACAGCUAAUGUUUUGGCAGACAGGUUCGCCAGUUGUACAUUCCUGUUGCUCCCCAGUUUAACGUUGAUUAUGCUUAUGCUUAAUUGGAUAGCUGUUGAAAA